CGGUAUUGGGAUUUUUACCGCUCAACACACGUCGUGAGAUAAACGUAUUCAUGAAAGACUAUCUGAUAAACGUUUCGAUCGAUCACUCGAGGAAAUGAACAGACGGGAGUCUCUCAACGCUCCGUUCUGCACGUUUCACGGGGGAAUAUAGACGAAAUCAUCAAUCGUUCAUUAUUUAUUACAAUUGACUUCCAGUUUACAAAUCCUCGAUAUCCAUUUUCAACACCUUCUGAUCGACAGUCUUAACGAUGACAAUUUGCAUACGAAAAUACCCAUAUCGACUAGUCAUCGUAGUGCUGACUUUCUUCCUUGUGUCAUGGAUGAUGUUGUUCAUCAAGACGGGCCCUGUUUCCAGGACAACAACAUCCAGAUAUGUUCAAAUUGGUGACGACGACAGUAUUUCCACGCUCAAUCAACCGGGCUUUAUCCCACUGAUUAACAACAGAAAACUUGACGGCGCCCUUCAACAAAAUAUCCCAAAUGUUACCUUUAAUACGAACAAGAACGGGAAGCAUGAGAGAAACAGUCCAUAUAAAGUAUACGUCUAUGAUUUGCCGCCAAAAUUUAACGUCAAUUUAUCUGAUUGUGUUAAAAAAGUGGAUGGCUGUUUUCACUUGGAUGAGAAAAUGUUUGGGAUGGGGUCCAGACUACUACGAAGAGAUUCUCAGUUCAGUUAUCGCAAUACUCAUCAGUUUUCUCUGGAGGUGAUACUCCAUCACAAAAUUCUACAUAGCAGAUACCGGACGAUGAACCCGAAACACGCUGACAUCUUCUACAUUCCCUUUUAUCCCGGACUUGCAUGUUUCUGUAGGUCAUUCCAAAAGUCCAGCUUUGACUUGGAUCUCCUACACAAAGAACUGUGGCACUACCUAACCGAAAAAUGGCCGUUUUUUGAGAUGCGAGAGCCCCACGCAAUGGCUCUCGGGAAAAUUGAGAGGGAGCACUGGUCCCAGAGGUGUGGUAUUCUUAAAGGGAACAAAUAUGCAAAUAGAAUACAGUUUAUUGGGAUUGAAGAAGAAUACAAAACAGCGUAUAGGAGUUAUUUCGAAAGAAAUGGACAACAUGUCUUGGUGGCUCCAUAUCCAAGCUACGGUCACUUCAUAGAAGGCGAGGAGGCACAUCGAAAUGAUUUCACAAAAGGAGCAAAAUAUGACAGAAAUGUUUUUGUUUUAAUGGCCGCUAGUAGUCGGGCAAGUCACGAAGUUAGAAAAAUAUUACAAGACCAAUUAACUAGAACUUCAAAGUCGUAUAAUACAUAUGUAAAUACAGAGGAACAGUACGACGGCGUUUGGUACGUAACUCCCGAAUGUGGACAGAACAACGCUGCAUGGGAACAAGGUACUGAGUUGUUCACUGUAGAAUGGAUGCGACAUAGUGUAUUUUGCUUACAACCACCCGGCGACUCUCCAACACGUAAGUCAUUCUACGAUUCCGUUACUGCACAUUGCAUACCUGUCAUCUUCCUACCGGAGAAAGCGAGAGUCAAAUACCCCUUCCAGAGACUCCUCAACUACAGUGAAUUCACAGUUAAUUUUGGUCUCGAGACAUUUUUGUUGGAAAAGCCAGAUAUCGUCGACCUACUGCGGAAGAUUCCCGAAGAUUACGUCAUACAGUUACAAAACAAUCUGCUGAAUGUUAGUAAACGUUUACAAUAUUCAUAUCCCUCGAACAUUGACAGCGAUGACGCUUUUCAAAUGAUAUUAGAUGAACUCGGUGCAAUAUAUAAACUUCAAGUCUAG